CCCAACUACCUCUACCUAUCCAAACUUCAGCCUCUGACCCAACAAAAAUUCCACUUUCCUCACUCAUAAAACACACUCAUGUCCAUUUUACCACACACUAAAACCCUAAAAUCAUCUUGAAUCCCCAAAAAUGACGGCCCCAAUUCGACACCCUGCAAAUCUUUUUCCAUCUUCUUCUUCAUACUGCCCCGCCGAUUUCAACUCUGUAAGGACCGUCCUCAAAUUCCGUCCCUCACCCAAAAUUUCCCACAAAUUCUUCUGUUCAUGCAAAGCUUCCCAAAACCCCCAAAACCCUAAUCCGAAUCAAGAUUGGACCCUCCCAUGGAUUUUCCAAACCAUCCCAGAUUGGGCCGACAGCGCUAAGGAAAGGGGCAUGAAACGAAAACGAUCCUUGUACGGCCACGAGAACUGGGUCCAGCACAGAAGCUCCUCAAGGCACGUCAGGCAUUUCAUGUCGAGCUUGAGCUCGCGCGUGAUUCUGUCUCUGGUCCCUCCCGUCAUCUUCUUUACCUCGGUAUCGGCUGUAAUCGCUGCUUAUAACUCAGCUGUUUCGUUGGAUUUGCUGCCCGAGUUUUUCCCUGUCCUGAGGGCUUCCUCUUUGCCCUAUCAGCUGACGGCCCCUGCCUUGGCGCUUCUGCUGGUUUUUAGGACGGAGGCCUCAUAUUCGAGGUUCGAGGAAGGUAAAAAAGCUUGGACUAAGGUGAUUGUGGGGGCUAAUGACUUUGCCAGGCAAGUGCUUGCUAGCGUGGGGAGCCCGAACCCGAACAAUGCAUCUCUUAGAAAUGCAAUCUUGAAGUAUAUCAUGGCUUUCCCUGUCGCUCUCAAGUGCCACAUCAUUUAUGGCUCAGAUAUCGCACGAGAUCUCAAGAAUCUUCUCGAUGUUGAGGAUUUAGCGGUAGUUCUCAGCUCAAAACAUCGUCCACGUUGCAUAAUUGAGUUCAUCUCUCAAAGCCUUCACAUGCUUGAUCUGGAGCCUGCAAAGCUCAAUAUGCUGGAAUCGAAACUCGGUUGUUUUCAUGAGGGAAUCGGGGUUUGUGAACAGCUAUUAGGCACACCUAUUCCUCUCUCAUAUACGCGUUUGACCUCAAGAUUCCUGGUCCUGUGGCAUUUUACUCUUCCCAUCAUACUUUGGGAUGAAUGUCACUGGAUUGUUGUUCCUGCUACUUUUAUCAGUGCUGCUUCUUUGUUCUGCAUUGAGGAGGUAGGUGUGCUUAUAGAAGAACCAUUCCCGGUACUUGCUCUUGACGAGCUUUGUCUUACGGUUAGGACCAACAUUGAGGAUGUUUUGAAAAACGAGAAGUCGAUCCAAGCUUGCGUGAACUCAAAAAGGAAAACUCAUUGCAGUAAGAACUGUUCAAAUGGCUGGCCAAGUUCUUUUGAAGAUAGACAGCCUGGUUGAGAAAGAGGGUCUAUUGGGUUUGUUGGAGAAGAUAUAUUUUUGGGUUUAUUAUCCAUGUAUAAAUAUAAAUAUUGUAGAUGUAAAGUGAAAAUAUGUUAGUCACUCAACAAGAUUAUGUAUUUGUAUAUAUGAGAGGGUCUACCAUGUUGUUGAUCAAGGUUUGAUAAUGGCCUUGUCAAAUGAAAAAUCACUUGCUUAUAAACUGUGCAAUAGAACUCCAAAGAUUUGUGGACCUUUUCAAGACCGGUAAGGCCUAGUUUGCUUUCCUUGAUUACGAGGGAUAUCCU